AUGUGGAUCAACGGGCUGGGGCUCUUUGCUCUCGCAUCGGUAGCACUACCAGCCGUCGACGCCUUCAAAGACACAUCGCCUUUCUUCCUCUUCUCUACACAUGAAACUCCCUUUGUCUCACGCCAGCUCGAAUCCGCACACACGCUCUCCUCCUCCCUUUCAUCUUCCCUCAAAUCUUGUUCUGCAGCCGCCUACAUCCUUAUCUCCCAGCCGGGCGUGCACGCGCGCGAUUACAGCACGGGCGAUGCCGCGCCGCAACUGCGGCGUCGGGUGCUGAAGCUGGAUGGGGAGGUGAAGGGGAGUUUGGCGGUUAGUGAAGUUGUGGGGAGGGUGGAUGUGGAUGAGUUACAAGGGAUUUUGGAAGAGGGGUGUGGGGUGGAGGCUGAUAGGAUUGAUGGGUCGGGAGAAGCUGGUAUCGCACCGCAGGCAUACACGAAGACGCCACUGGUUGUCAGGGUUGAUUUUGCUGGCGUAGCCACGGACUUGAAUAGGUCGGAGCAACUUGUUAAGAAUGAUAAAUUUCUUAAUGCCCUCCUCGACCGUCUUCCGUCCCGCGAUUACACUGUGCUCUAUACUACGACCCCCAGAGAGGCUACUCCGGCAGGUAUCCAAAUAGAGGAGGAACCAGCUUUAUAUGAAAUGAUGGACGAAGAUAUCUUUCAGAACCCGCUACAGAUGAACAUGAAACGGGACAACAUGGCACAUUCGCUUUUGCGCCGUGAUGGGAAUGGCGAGGCCGAAGGCGAUAGCAAGGAUGACAUCGACGAGCAAUUGAGGAAUCUGCCUUUGUUCGAGAAGUAUCAGUUUCUUAGUCCAGCCAUGUUAAGCUUGAAGGUGUCCUAUGUUGCAUUUGAGAAAGAUAAUGGUCCUGCGGCGGUGAAGAAGCAGCAAUAA